GUGUUGAGAGCAUUGCUAGUCGAACACUUGGUCCAGCAACAAUGAGGUGCCAACUGCUCUUCCUGCUGAUCCCAACAAUAGCACAGCAGAUGGUGUCUGCUUCUGACAAGUAUACCACUCGAUACGAUUAUAUAGACAUUGACGGCAUUCUGAAGAGCGAACGACUGCUGAAGAAUUACUUCAACUGCCUUGUGGACAAAGGACCGUGCACUCGAGAAGGUCUCGAAUUGAAAAAUACCAUCCCAGAUGCACUGCUCACGGACUGCAGCAAAUGCAGCGAGACACAGAAGAUGCAGGCAGGCAAGGUCAUGGCCUUCGUUCAGUUGUACCAUCCGGACAUGUGGGAGGCGGUUCUGAAAAAGUUUGACCCCAACGGAAUUUUCAGGAAGAAAUAUGGAGUUGAUGAAGAUGAUGAAGACGAAGAGGAAGAAGAGGACAGAUAAAGAGGAGUUGCCAAGGAUGAAAAUGUAACAGCCUUGUCCUGAAAAAAACAUAUUUACAUUCUAGAUUUUAAAAUCCUUUCAGUUACGUACUUUAGUGCAACAAUCUAUUCUGAUCUGUGUAUACUAGAAGAUAGAAUUCUUCUGUUCUGGUUUUAUAUAAUUAAAUACGCGACAUGGCUGUGGAAA